CGAGUCCGAGUGAGUUCGCAUUCAAGUUCCUGUUGACGAAAGAUGGUUCCUCGGGCUCAUCUCGUGCGCAACUGUGUCGGUCAAAUUCAGAAGUGAAAAUAGUGUGUGACAGUGGAAAAUCUCUGUAAAAACGUAGGUGUCUCGUGUAAGAUGUGGGGAGGAAAAAAAUGUUGAUGUUGAGCAGAAAGCGGACAUGGAUGAAGCGGAAACCCUUCAGGCCAUUCUUGGUGAGUCUUCUGCUAUCGCUCUUGGACGAAGCGAUUUUGUUGGAGGCAUAGACAAUGAAGCGCUGGAUUUUUCACAACUGGAAGAUUUCAUCAACAGCGAUAGUGACCAGCCAGCAACAUACUUUGCUGAUACCCUUGCACACAAUGAGGUUGGUGGACCAACCAAUCACGGAGGUCGCGUGGAAGCGACGACCAACCAACAAACACCGACCAGGUUGUCUUCACCGAUAACACAAAAUCAUACAGUUCCGACAACCUGCAUUUCCGGUACAACUCCUGUGCCUCCCGGAAGUAUAUAUAAGGAUCCUCAAAACUAUGUUCAUCCUCAUUCACUACCAGAAAGUCCGCCAGACAGUGGUAGUGAGCCUCCUUACUCGCCACCCGGACAUCACGACUCGCAACAUGUACAUUCACCGCAUCAAAAAGCAGCUUUACAAGAAAUACUCCUCCACCACCAAGGAAACACGGCAAAUUACACGUCGGGUUUGUUACCUUCCUCGCCCAGAGCACUGGUUUCGGCGCCGGAUUCGCUCCUGCUGACGCAUCCAGUUCUGACGCCUCUCCUGACGCCGAAUACUCCGUCGCUUCCGAAUCAACAGCAGCUGGGAACGCCCUUGGUACCUUUGCCUCACGAACGCAGUCCCAGUGCCGGUAUUACCACUUUGUAUUCGUCGCUCCAGUCGGCACCCAAAAAGAGAAAACUCAGUCAGGAUGGUCUCAUACACGUCAAACAAGAACCAGAGUUGGGUACGGUGGAACGAAGUUGUAGUAGUAGUAGUAACAGCGCCGUUUUGGAAGGAGACGAAGUCACUGGCGACGGUAGUUACAUUGAUGCCAGUUAUCAGUGCAUUCGAUUUCAUCCUUUUCAACAAACAGCUUGGCAUGCUCUCUGUGAUCACAAUCUUAAGGAACUCCCGGUGCCGCACUACAGGGUCGACGCUGAUAAGGGAUUCAACUUUAGUAAUUCUGACGAUGCUUUCGUUUGUCAGAAGAAAAACCAUUUUCAAAUUACCUGUCAUGCUCAGCUUCAAGGUGAGGCUGUCUUCGUCAGGACGGGCGAAGGUCUUAAAAAAAUUAGCAGUUUUCAACUCCAUUUCUAUGGCGUCAAAGUGGAAUCUCCAACUCAAACCAUUAGAGUCGAACAAAGUCAGAGCGACAGAAGCAAAAAACCUUUUCAUCCUGUGGUAGCUGGUUUCAGGGUGGAAUUGGGCGGCGAACGCGUCACUAAGGUGACGGUAGGCCGUUUGCACUUUAGUGAAACGACGAGCAAUAAUAUGAGGAAGAAGGGAAAACCAAAUCCGGAUCAGAGAUAUUUUCAUCUGGUUGUUGGCUUGCACGCUCACACUGCGGAUCAAGCGAGUUAUCAGGUCGUAGCUCACGCUUCUGAGAGGAUAAUUGUCAGGGCCAGUAAUCCUGGACAGUUUGAGUCUGAAGGAAGUGGAGUUGGUGCUGAGGGUGGUUGGCAACGAGGAGCUGCACCUGACAGUGUCUAUCAUGCAGGUCGGGUUGGAAUCAACACCGACAGGCCUGAUGAAGCUUUGGUCGUCCACGGCAACAUGAAGGUCACGGGACACAUAGUUCAGCCCAGUGAUGCCAGAGCGAAGCAAAAUGUCCAGGAAGUGGACACUCGCGAGCAGCUGAGGAAUGUCCAGCAGCUCCGAGUAGUUCGUUACAGAUACGCCCCGGAAUUCGCACUUCAUUCGGGUCUAGGUGCAAGAUCGCAAGAAGAUACGGGCGUGAUAGCGCAGGAAGUGCAACAGAUUUUACCGGAAGCUGUCCUUCCAGCAGGAGAUAUCGUUCUUCCGAAUGGACAGAGGAUAGAGAACUUCCUGGUGGUGAACAAGGAGAGGAUAUUCAUGGAGAACGUUGGGGCGGUGAAGGAACUCUGCAAGGUGACAGAUAGUUUGGAAACGAGGAUAGACCAGUUGGAAAGAAUUAACAAGCGACUGGCGAAAUUGAAGAGAGGAGAUAGUCUUAAGAGUUCGAUUAGUACAGUAUCUAGCAUAUCCAGUAGCAAGUACUCGUCCCCCAUCAACCCGAAAUCAUCCAUCCCAGGAAAAUCCAAGCGUUUCGAGAGGGACGAGGAGCUUCUCUGCAGCAAUAAAUUCAUUCAGAUCAUCAUCGUUAUUCUCAUUCUCAUCAUGGCGUUUUGUCUUGUAGCGAUGGCAACCUUGUAUUUCCUAGAGUAUCAGAAGCGAAGUAGUUUAGAGUGGUCAGCGGUGGCGGGUGGUGGAAUUCUGGCAAUAGCGCCAGCUCAUAUCCCUACUUCGAAAACGACGCCAGUUUACGACUUCCGGUUCAAUCCACUUUUGUAUAGUACACCAUCUCCACACACGAGACAUGGGACAUUCACGAGAGGGGUGGAUGGUCAUAGUGUAUUAAAAAAUGCUCUCUCUACGCAGCCACCGAAUCCCAAACAGCAAUUAUAUUCCCAAGAAAUCACGUGGUAUCCAGCCGGAUAUCCAGGAUCGCAAAACAAACAUGACAAGAACAGUGAAUUUCCAAACAACUGGUUGGGUAAAAAUGUCGCUGGGCCGAUUCCUAGUAACGUGGACGAAAACGAUCAGAGUUCAGAUGUAGAUGCUCCUCCAACAAAUAAAGGACCAGUUCCUUUGGGAAGGCCGGCUGAUUGUCCUCUUCAUUUCACUGAACUUGAAAGUCCCUGCCAGAUUUACUGUUGCACCGCUGAAAUUCACCAAGUUGAGGAUUCUCGUCCGGAGCAUCCACCAGAAAAAAAAUCUCUCUCUGACCAUUUAGAGCAACCAGUUAGUAUCCAUGAGGAGAAACGGAAACUGAGCAAGGGUUUGCAGAACGGAAUCAGUCCAUCUGACCCGAGCACUCAGACUCUUGUGAAAGAGAACAAUUACAAGUAUCUUCACAAGAGGUCGAGAAGAGAAGCAGGAAGUGGAACAGACUGGGGAGAAGUAGCAAGCAAUGCUGCUGGUUCUUUGCCGCCUGAACCGAAGCCUCAGUUGCACAUCGUCGCGAAGAGUUUCAAUGCUUCUCUCGAUCAAACAUAUUGUUCACCCACAACCCCAAAUUCAGCAAACAAUAUCAGCUGUAGCGUUCCACUUUCGAAACACAUGUCAGACACUCAUCUUACUUUGCAUUUUAUGGGAAUGCCAUAUUGGCAGAUUGCGCAACAGUGUCCUAUGAAUGGAGCUGUUGAUGAAGCUAUGGUUUGUGGAUGGACCUACUCUAUGCAACAACAGAAUCCCUAUACUGAGAGCACUAAUCCAUUUUCUCUAGAUGUUGCUCACUAUCUGCGAAGAACGCUCAGGUUCCGAGUACCUUUAGUUCAACCUCAAGAUAAUAUUUGCAAGAAUAGACACGGGGGCGAUUUCCUCGAGUUUACUCUGCACUUUUAUCGAGAAUGCGACGAGUGAGAAGAUCAUCCCGAGAAGGAAUUCUCGAGUAAUCGAAACAUAUCCAGUGCAGGUUAUUGAAUGCAAUAUCAGUAGAAAAUUCGAAAGAGUCUCAGCGCUUUCGAAAUUCUGCUUUAUUCUUAAGCGCAAAGCGCAUUGAAAAGCGUUGAUCUGAAAUCUGCAUGAAUCUCAUAUUAAGUUUUGUACAGAAUUAUGUUGUAGUGUUUUACGAGCCAGGUCGUCGUUACGUAAACAUAAAUAUAGAUGUAAUUUUAUUACGGUGCAGAGCUUACGUCGUUUAAGUUUCGAACAGACCUUCAAGUAUUUUUUACCUUUUUUUUUUAAUCCUUGAAAUACCAUUUUCAGCUAUUACUCCGCUGAAUUUUCAAUAUUAGAAAUUCAGUUUUUUUUCACUUUUCCAAGCGACGGUAAGAUCGUCUCAAAUUGAAUUUAAUGGUGCAAAUAUUGUAGAAUUUUUUUGCGUCACAUCGACGACAGUUACAGAUAUAGAAAUGAUAGAUGUAAAAUAGAUUGUACAAAUUUUUAUUGUACGUAUGCCUCUGCGAAGAAGAUAUAUUUCUACAAUCAACAUCACUCAUUAGGGUAAAGCAUAAUUAAAGUAUUUGACAGCUAAUUUUAAGUGAUCAUUUCAAUAUUUUAGACCAAGAGGAGAUUCACAUUUUUAAAUUUGACUUUAGAAUUUUCUAUUCAUAUUUUUUUUAUAUUUUAAACUCUAUAUUUUACAAUGCCUAAGUUGUAAGGAUGAAUUUCAAAUUAUACUGUUUUAAGUACUGCAAAAUUUAAAACUUUUACUGCUUGUACUUGUGGCUGCAAGUUAGGGAAAAGCCUGGAAAAAAGGGAAACGUCGUGGAUUUUGAAAAAAAUGAGACAGUCAUUUGUAUUUGUUUUAAAUCACUUUUUUGUCCCUUUUUUAAAUGAAAAGUGACUCCUUUUUUCAUAAAUCAAUCCUGUUUCUCACUUUUCUUGAAUUUUUUGGUAAGAUCUCGGAUAUUUUUAAAGAUUUCAAGGCAAUUUUAAGAAAUUACUAAAUCUUCGAGAAUUUUUUAAAGAUACGAAAUUUACGAGUCGAAAGAUACGUAAUUAUUUUAUAGAAAAUACAUAUAAAGUUUUAGGAUUUUAAAAAAAAAUUU